AUGGAGAAGGUUCGCAGGGUUCUGGUGUCAGUGUGUCGGGAUGGAGUGGCGCCACAGAAUGUUCCCUUUCUUCAGGUGUGCGCGUGCGGGGUCUUCCUGCAGAGCGUCACAGGUCACUUUGGCGCUGCUGACCAGGUGAAGGUGCGCUGCUGGCUGGAGCGGAACCGCUUAAUGGUUCUCAAAGACGACACGGACCGAGGAGUUCCACUGAAGAGGGCCGCCUCCUGUCCCAUCAAGCACCUCUCCGCCGAAGAUGCAGCUGCCAUCCCAUUGGACAUUCAGCAACGUGGAGUGGAUGUGGGCGUGUCCAUCAUCCUGCAGACAGCCAAUGAGCGGGUGUUGCUGACACGACGGGCGACGCAACUGCGGAUAUUCCCCAACGUUUGGGUUCCGCCUGGUGGCCAUGUUGAACCCGAUGAGACGCUGCUGGAGGCGGGCCUCAGGGAAUUGAAGGAGGAAACAGGAUUGUAUCUGGAAGCGGAACAGUUCCCGAGUCCAAAGGUUCUUGGUGUUUGGGAGGUGAGAGGGCUGAGCGCAGGACUCCCCCACAGACACCACCUUGUCAUCUACCUGCUGCUGCGCUCGUCACGCACGCACCUGCAGCUUCAGGACUGUCUGCGCCCCUCCCCCGCCGAGGUCAGCGCUUGUCUUUGGGCCGACGUCCGGCUGGUCGGUGCUGUUGUGUCGGCGACAGACGGACACGACGGCGAGGUCCACGCGGACCACCUUCCCGCUGCCAUCAGGGUGUCGGAGGUGUGCCCUGAGGGAGGACUGCGGGACGCCACGCUACCGCUGAGCGUCUUGGUCAGCCGGAUACCUUCCAGUGGUCCCGAUGUAGAGCGGGUCAGCACCGGGACAAAGUUUGCUCUGGACCUGUGGCUGAAGACCACCAAAGAGACGACUUCUGACCCCCACCCUUGUCAAACAAAUGAUGAUGUCACUCUGACCAGCACGUGA